AUGAAGGCCAAUGGUAGAAAAGUAAAAAUAAACGCCGUUCUAGACGACACAUCGGACGAACCUUUCCUAAAUGAAGAGGUUGCUGGGGUACUAGGACUGCAAGAGCCUUUCAAAAAAGUUCAAGUUCAUGUUCUCAACGACAUCGUCGAAACUUUUCAGUCCAUACCAUUACAAAUUGAGAUCGAAAGUGUAUAUGGCAGGUGGUCACAGGAAAUCGGGGUAAAAACAUGUCCUCAGAAAGUCACAGGUAGUUACCGAGUUGUGAACUGGAACAAACAUCAGGAUAAAUGGCCUCACAUGACCCAGUGCGGUUUUCCCAAGCCGGCAAAUGAUGGACUUGUCGAUCUUUUGAUUGGCAGUGAUAACGCUGAAUUCCAUUAUUCACAUGUUGAUCUCCGAGGAAAACUUGGUGGACCUAUCGCCCGCCUCGGACCACUUGGGUGGAGUUGUAUAGGUGCGCCUGACGAAAGCGCAACCGCGAGGACACGAUCCCACGUUAUUCGUUCCUUGUUCACUAGAGAGCCAAUUUGGAGCGAGAGAAAAGAGUCCUGUGGUGAUGUCGACAACAGCUUAAAGAGAUUCUGGGAAAUUGAGAAGUCUGGCACAGACCGCGAUGACAGACUCGUACUCACCGAAGAAGAAAGACUAGCUUUAAGCAAAGUGAAAAAUUCCCUGAAGUACAAAAAUGGAAGGUAUUGUGUAGUCGUUCCUUGGAAAGAAAACAAACCCAAUCUUCCUGACACUAAACCUAUGGCACGGCCUCGACUACGAAGUACCGAAAGAAAUUUGAAGAAGAACAGCCGUGUCGCUGAAGAAUAUCAAGCAAACAUCCAGGCUUAUGUUGGUAAAGGAUAUUUACGAGAGGUUUCCUCAAAAGAACAGCUGCCAGCUAACGUAUGGUAUUUGCCGCAUUUUCCGGUCGUGAGAAUGGAUAAAUCGACAACAAAAGUACGAAUCGUAUUUGACUGUGCCGCUAAAUGUAAUGGUACUUCCUUAUAUGACAUGAUUCAUCCUGGUCCGAAAUUACUGCGAGAUCUUUUCAAAGUCCUCGUCCGUUUCCGUCGAAACCCAGUUGCCAUCGCCUGCGACAUCAAAGCGAUGUAUCUCCAGAUAGAGAUUGAGGAGCAGGACCGAUCUCACUUCCGACUGUUGUGGAGAGAUCUUGGCCCUAAACGAGGGUCAGAUGUAUUCGAGUUUUAA